UGCAACAUAAUCGGCGUAAUAAAUACACCCCUGGUCCUGACCAUCAACAAAAUACGACCGCAUACAACCACUCGAAAACUACAUUUCCUAGCUUCCUUUUCACGGACUCAAAUUGAAAAAAUGACCAAAGAGUGGUUCGGAGCGGGUCUUCUGUAGUCGAUUCUGAAAAUCUUUCGAGCGAAAGUCUUGUAUUCAACUACAGUACCCACACGUCACUGUCAGUCCUACUCGAGAGCGUUGGUUAGUCAGGGAUAUCACACCACUAUCUAUCUCACUCUCCCCCUGUAUCAACGCAUUGACAUAGCUAGUAGAAGACAAUAAAAAAAAAAAAAAUUCAAGCCGAAGAUGGCAGAGCUUGGAGCGGGGAGCCUGCUGUUGGGGGAUCCUGCUUUUAAUUACCAAGAAGCCGAGCUAAAUGAACGAUUGAAGCGGCUCUACCCGGCCGUAAAUGAGGAUGAGACCCCCUUACCCCGAUCAUGGAGCCCCAAGGAUAAAUACAGCUACAUCGGGCUCUCACAGAACAAUCUGCGGGUGCAUUACAAAGGUCAUGGGAAGAAUCACAAGGAUGCCGCGUCUGUGCGUGCCACUCAUCCCAUACCAGCCGCCUGUGGGAUCUACUACUUUGAAGUGAAGAUUGUCAGCAAGGGCAGGGAUGGGUACAUGGGGAUUGGUCUGUCUGCCCAGGGAGUCAACAUGAACAGACUGCCUGGUUGGGACAAGCACUCGUAUGGUUACCACGGUGAUGAUGGACACUCCUUCUGCUCUUCAGGGACUGGCCAACCAUAUGGCCCAACCUUCACCACUGGCGAUGUGAUUGGUUGCUGUGUGAACCUAAUUAACAACACCUGUUUCUACACCAAGAAUGGCAUCAGUCUAGGUGUAGCUUUUACAGACCUCCCUCCAAACCUGUACCCCACAGUGGGCCUGCAGACCCCUGGAGAGAUUGUGGAUGCUAACUUUGGCCAGCAGCCCUUUGUGUUUGACAUUGAGGACUAUAUGAGUGAAUGGAGGGCUAAGAUCCAUGGCAUGAUCGCCCGCUUCCCUAUCGGCGAGAGACUGGGGGAGUGGCAGGCAGUGCUGCAGAAUAUGGUAUCCACCUACCUGGUGCAUCAUGGGUACUGUGCUACAGCCACAGCCUUUGCCAGGGCUACAGAGACCUUGAUCCAGGAGGACCAGACCUCCAUAAAGAACCGGCAGAGAAUACAGAAGCUGGUAUUGGCAGGGCGUGUUGGAGAGGCCAUCGAAGCCACACAGCAGCUGUACCCUGGACUUCUAGAACACAACCCCAAUCUACUCUUCAUGUUGAAGUGUCGGCAGUUUGUGGAGAUGGUGAACGGUACAGACAGUGAGGUACGAUGCUUUAGUGUCCGCUCCCCCAAGUCCCAGGACAGCUACCCUGGCUCCCCCAGCCUGAGCCCCCGACAUGGAGCCACCAACCCCAAUCUGCACAGUGCAGGAGCAGACAGCCCCACAUGCAGUAAUGGGGUCACCCCUCCCAACAAGAACAAGAGCCGCAACAAGUAUCCAGGCGUCAGCUCUGCCUCCUCCUCCUCUUCUUCCUCCCCUUCCUCUGUCAAUUACUCUGAGUCCAACUCCACUGACUCCACCAAGUCCCAGCCUCACAGUGGCACCAGCAACCAGGAGGAGACCAGGUGUGUGGCAAGUGACAGUGAGAUGGAGAUUGAGGCUGAGCACUACACUAACGGGGUGGCAGAGAACCCCUCUGCUCGGAUCAUGAAUGGCACCUACAAGCACCAGGAAAUCCUGCAAGCUCAGGACAUCAGCCUGGGCAACGGAGUGGCAGAGGAUAGCUGUGCUUCCAGACAGCUGUGCGGAGGGAACCAUGCAGCCACAGAGAGGAUGAUCCAGUUUGGCCGUGAACUGCAGGGCCUCAACGAGCAGCUGUGCCGUGAAUACGGCAAGAACGUCACACACAAGAAGAUGCUGCAGGAUGCCUUCAGUUUAUUAGCAUAUUCAGAUCCCUGGAACUGCCCAGUGGGGCAACAGCUAGACCCAAUGCAGAGAGAGAAUAUCUGCUCUGCUCUUAACAGCGCCAUCUUGGAGUCUCAGAACUUGCCUAAGCAGCCCCCUCUGAUGCUUGCUCUGGGUCAGGCCACAGAGUGUGUCCAGCUCAUGGCCAGGGUCCGCUCAGGGUCCUGUUCCUUCGCCAGAGUAGACAACUUUUUGCACUAGCCCCAGUCCAGGCAAUGUUCAGGACUAAGAAGAGGUCUUUCCAAUGGGUUGCCAGAUGACUGAGGAAAGCAUGUUUGCAUUUGUGUGUCGCUUGCCAUUUGGCAGAAGCAGAUGGACAGGGGAAUGAGUAGAACAUGACAGGAAAGCUUAUUUUUAAUUUAGUAUUAUCAAAUACAAAACGUGUGACUCUAUUUAAAGAAUUCAUUAUUAUUCUGUUUAUCUAGUCAUGUUCUAGGUUUUAUUUAGUCAGUUUGUUGUGCUCAUCUUGGAAGGAAAAAAAAUCUAAUUCCGUUUUUGUUUUUGAGUGGAUUUCAAUUCCCUACACAGUAUUUAAAGAUGUUCAUCAUAUCAAAGAAAUACAUGUUGGCAUGCUUUGUCGUUACCAAGCAAGAUACUCUGGUUUCUUUCAUUCAGAACUCAGGUAUUCACAGCACAUUUGUCAACUCAGUAUGGGAUAUUGUAGACAGAGGUAUGUUUACCCAGCUGUUCAGUGGCUACAAUUUAGGACCUGCAUUUUUUUGGUUCAAAUUCUUACUACUUAGUAUGACUUAACUCCAGAAGCUAAUUUAAUUUAAAGUUAAAGGUCUGAAUUGGCUUCUGAAAGUACACAUGGCUGUAAGCCACUAACCUGCUGGUCACCUCAGAGCCCCAUACAGCAGCAUUCACCUCAGAUCAAACAAUGAUGACACUGAUUCAUUUGUGAGUUUCAAUAUAAGUGUAGUAUAUUUCCAAUCAAGUGUCUCCACUAGCUUGAUAUACACACAAUUUAAUGAUAUAUUCAAUAAAAAAGUUAAACUGAUUGCCAAAUAUAAUGCUUUUAAUUUGACCUCCCCUUUUCUAAUAACCAAUGGUACUUGCCAUUGGCCACACUUAAUUCAUACAGUCAGUCAUUAAGUAUUUUCAUACCAGUGCUUUGACAGCCAGCCAUUAUCUUAUCAUCGCGAACAUGCUUAUUUUUCCGCUCUCUUGCGGUUCUAUUUUUCUCACAACUAAUGUGAAGCUGUCGCGUUGAUACAUAAACUCAACAUAGACUCGGUCACUUUAACAAACAUGUGACCUUAACUUUGUUCCUUUGUUUUUGUUUGUUUAUUAUAGUCAGUUGAAUGUUUUUAUUUUUUCUCUUUCUUUCAUUACAGUAUGUAUUCUCCUAUUUUUAACAGAUAUUCUCUUGGCACAUGGGACAGUUGUCGAUCAUUGAUGUAUUAACACAGUAUUUCACCCAGCCAGCAGGAGGUGCUCCACUGUGUUGAAUGUAGUUUAGCAGAUUAUAUUAUGUUUGUGCUUCAGAUUUGCUGCUGGCCACCAUGAGAUUGAUAUUGACAUCCCCUGUACCUGUAAGACAUAUUGCAAUGUGUUUCAUUAACUCUUUUGACAAUCCUGCAAAGCAUGUUUGUGAAGCAAAGGGGUGGUGGGAGUAGAAUACAUCAGCUUCUGUGUUGUUAAUGUUUGGUAGACUUUAAUAUGUUCACAAAGGCCAUUUUGAUAAUUUUUUUUACCCAAUCUUUACAUUUGGACAACAUCUAUCGGCAUCAUGGGCUUAUACCUGCUAAAAUAUAUACAAAAACAAGAACAAAUACCUUAACUUAAUGUCUACCCUGG